ACUGAACAAAAUUGACGGAAAAAAUUGGCGGCAGUGGUGGUAUCUGUCAUUUUACCGGAAAUUUCGCCCGCCACCUUCGCCGAAAGACGCAUUUUUAAGCCGCCAGGGCAAGAUAUUUACUUUGUUUUAGAGUGUUGUCGGUGAUUUUUUGUUAAUAAAUACUCUAAUUAUUAUGGCUCCAAGGACAGCGAAGGGAAAGAAAGCUGCAGAUGUGAAAUUAGCUGAAAAUGAAGUACCCAAAAAGGGCAGAGGGAAGGCAAAAGCAGCUGAAGAGCCUGAGCCAGAUAAUGAUACAGAAGACAGUGAAAUGGUAAUUGUUGAAAAAAAAACAAAGCGCGGUAAGAAAGUUGCAAAUGAUGUGAAUGAACAAGAGCAAAAUGGUAAAAAGGAAGACGCUGCUCCUCCUGCCAAAAAAGGCAGAAAGAAAAAUGAGUCAGUACCUGAAGAAAAAUCUAAUGAUGAUCAGUCAGCUGAAGAAGAAUCUGUAGCCACAGAAGAAACUGAACAAAAUGAUGAUUCCGAAUCAAAUGGUCAUGUAGAAGAGGCACAAGCACCUUCUGGUAGGGGUCGCAAAAAGCAAGCAAAGAAGGAAAUUGAAAAGGCAGAGCCAAAACCAGCUAGGGGCAGAAAAGCUAAACAGGAUAUAGAUUAUGGAAAAGAAGUUGAAGAGAAACCUAAGACUGGAAGAGGAAGGGGGCGUAAACCUGCUCCUAAGUAUGAGGAAGUAGAAUCUGACAAAUCUGUGGAGGAAGAUUCAAAGCCUGAUCCUCCUGCACCUAAAGGUAGAAAGAAGGCGCCAGCCAGGUCUGCUAAAGAAAAGACCCCAGAAAGCGAAAAGGAUGCUGAUGAAGAUGCAGAGGACAAACCAGUAGAAGAACCCAAAAAGAAAGAAACAAAAGGUCGAAAAAACCAAGGCAAGAAAGCACAGGCCAAAGAGGAAGUUGAUGAUGAUGAAGAGGUAAAAGAAGAAGAACCAGCGUCUAAGAAAAGAAAAAUAAAUAAGAAAGAAGAUAAAGUAAAAGAAUCAAAAGAAGAUGAUGCGAUGGAAGAUGAUGUUCCUGAAUACAAGCCUGUGAAAGGCAGGCGAGGUCAGAAGAAAGCAGUUGAUGUACAAGUUGAGAAUGAUGAUGAACCUCAAGACACUGGAGAACCCACGAAACGUCGGCGCAAGGCAAACGAAGAGAAGGCACCAGAAGACACUGAGAAGAAAGCGCCACUUAAAAACAAAUCCGCGACGGAUUACGAGGAGAUAGAUUUCUCUAAUGAAUCAAAAUCGCCGCAGGGUAAAGAUUGGAAUUUCAAAAUUUCCAGUUGGAACGUUGACGGUAUCAGAGCGUGGUUGGGAAAAGGCGGGUUAGACUAUAUCAAAUACGAAAAGCCCGACAUACUAUGUCUGCAAGAGAUAAAAUGCGCAAAGGAGAAAUUACCAGACGAAGUUGCAAAUUUACCGGGAUACCAUGCAUAUUGGUUGUGCAGUGAGAAAGAUGGCUAUGCGGGCGUAGGCAUAUAUACUACACAACUAGCAAUGAACGUGCAAUACGGACUUCAGAAUGAAGAGCUGGACAGCGAGGGUCGUAUCAUCACUGCAGAGUACGAGCAGUUUUACUUGAUAUGCACUUACGUUCCAAACGCCGGACGGAAACUAGUCACACUACCCAAAAGACUGCAAUGGAAUGAAGAGUUCCGCAACCACGUAAAAGAGUUGGAUAAAAAGAAACCAGUGAUUAUAUGUGGGGAUAUGAACGUUUCGCAUAAUGAAAUAGAUUUAGCAAACCCAAAAACGAAUAGAAAGAACGCCGGCUUCACGGACGAAGAGCGAAGUGGCAUGUCUGAUUUGUUGGGCGAUGGCUUCGUGGACACGUACCGACGGUUGAAUCCUGACAAGACCGGUGCAUACACCUUCUGGACCUACAUGAAGAAUAGCAGAUCGAAAAAUGUUGGAUGGCGUUUGGACUACUUCAUUGUGUCAGAGAGGCUGUUACCAUCGCUGUGCGAUAACGUCAUCAGGGAUAAGGUGUAUGGCAGCGAUCAUUGCCCCAUCACAAUAUUCUUACACCUCAGCAGUGCGGAUAAACCUAAAGAAUAACUCGACUUUUGCAAUCCCAGAUAUAAAAAUGACUAUUUUUUACAUAUUACAAGAAAUCUCAUAUACCUAUGUCUCGACUCAAGCGAUGUAAUACAUACUAUCAUAUUUUUCUCAUUUUUAUGCAAAGGACAAGGUCAUUUCGAAUCUAAUUUUGUUUUAUGUUACGUUAUUUGUGUGAUAGAUCUGAUUUAUUAACGGCAGAUAGAUUAAACCCUGGGAUUAAAAACAAACUAUAAUAUUUAGAUUAAGUACAAACUUAUGCAAAAUGCAAAAAUCAUCACAAAAAUUAAAUAAUUAUUCUUGUUUCCAAUUCAUAAUCAUAAUUAUUUUUAUAAAGCAUUUUAUAAUUACAAUUGUUGCGUUGCCUUCGUUUGUACUGUGUUAUUUCAAAAUUUGUAUUUUGAUUAUGUAUCAGUUUUACGUUUUUUCUGUGUUGUGAAGGACUUUGGAGAAAAUAAAUAAAAUGUUAUUCUGAUAAAAA